CAUCCUGCCCUGCGCUCGCGCACAUUACGCCAGAGCAAGAUGGCCGACACGGCGGCCACUGCCGGGGCCGGUGGCUCCGGAACGAGAUCAGGAAGUAAACAAUCCACUAAUCCUGCUGAUAACUACCAUCUGGCCCGGAGGCGAACCCUUCAGGUGGUCGUGAGCUCCUUGUUGACAGAGGCAGGGUUUGAGAGUGCCGAGAAAGCAUCUGUGGAAACAUUGACAGAGAUGCUGCAGAGCUACAUUUCAGAAAUUGGGAGGAGUGCCAAAUCCUACUGUGAGCACACAGCCCGGACCCAGCCCACACUGUCAGAUAUUGUGGUCACGCUGGUCGAGAUGGGUUUCAACGUGGACACUCUCCCUGCUUAUGCAAAACGGUCUCAGAGGAUGGUCAUCACUGCCCCUCCAGUGACCAAUCAACCAGUGACCCCCAAGGCCCUCACUGCGGGGCAGAACCGACCCCACCCGCCGCACAUCCCCAGCCAUUUUCCCGAGUUCCCUGACCCUCACACCUACAUCAAAACUCCGACGUACCGCGAGCCCGUGUCAGACUACCAGGUCCUACGGGAGAAGGCUGCGUCCCAGAGACGAGACGUGGAGCGGGCACUCACCCGUUUUAUGGCAAAGACAGGCGAGACCCAGAGUCUCUUCAAAGACGACGUCAGCACGUUUCCAUUGAUCGCUGCCAGGCCUUUCACCAUCCCCUACCUGACAGCCCUCCUUCCUUCGGAGCUGGAGAUGCAACAGAUGGAAGAGACGGAUUCCUCGGAGCAGGAUGAGCAGACAGACACCGAGAACCUCCCUCUGCACAUCAGCACGAUCGCUUUCCUCAGAAAGCAAACAGCGAAAGACCUGACCCACAGGUCACUGAUGGGGAUUAUCGUUGCUCUUCCCGUGUUGGUUCCUGCAUAUGCCCUGCUUUGCCUUGGCCGGACCCUCAGGGCUCAAGAAGUUUCUGGCCUCUGCUGCAAUAUGAUCAUUGGUACCUGUUGCAGGAUGAUUCUGGAGCCGAGAAGGAGAACACCUCUGUCCUGCAGCAGAACCCCUCCUUGUCGGGAAGCCGGAAUGGGGAGGAGAGCAUCAUCGAUAACCCUUAUCUGCGACCUGUGAAGAAACCCAAGAUUCGCAGGAAGAAGUCCCUCUCGUGAGCCGAGAAGGAAGCCUGCCUUGUACAGAGACGCGGACGCCACUCUCUCGGGGCCGUUAAAGCCACUCAAGGAAGAAGAGAGGGUGGCCUCCUCGAGGUCGGGCCCAGGCAGCCGGACGUGACUGGCCAUGAUUUUAAUAGCAAACUCAAUAUUAAGAUUACCUACUUUCACUGGAUAUUUGGGUGGAGGAAGACGGGACCGUAAUGAUCAGCUUUUCCUAGUCAACCUGGCCACACUGUGGGGCGCAGGAACAGCCAGUGACUUCAGUUAUUAUCACAGGACUUGAUUCCUUUGAAACCUGGAAGGCCAGGGAAGGCGGCAGGAAAGAAAGGGUUCUUUGCCUGCUGUGCUUCCUGCCAGAAAGACCGCUUGCCUCGUUUGUAGUUCAGGAUACCUGGACCCCUCUUACUGACUCGCAGAUAACUUGUGGCACCAAUUUAUUGCCCCAGAACCUCAGUCUUACUUCUCUCCUCACCUGGGCUCCAAGCGCCCUGCGAGCUGAUGGAAGGUGACUUUGUCCUCCCUCAGCCUGUUGGAAACAGGAGGCCCACCCAUCACAGUCUUGAUCUGGGGCUGGCAGGAGUCAGGAGGCGUGUGCAGGCAUGUUAAAGGCAGAGGAGAAUAAGGGCAGCACUGACUCUCACCGGCACUUGAACGCCCCCAUAAAGCUGGGCAGCACUCUCUCCUGAGAGAUUUGUCACUUAUUGUCCCCCUGGGGGAUGCAUGCUUGGGAGCUGCCAAGUCCUGCCCCAUCUCAGGAAAAGAAGUUUUCUCUGACAAGAGCCUAAAUCAGUGGCUAUAUUAUACUGUGACUUGUAGAAGAAUCACCAAUUGUAAACAAUAGGAAAGGGAUUUGAUGGCGGGGGUCGGGGGAGGGUGAGAUCUUAAAGGAUGGGCCUGGCCGGUCUGCUGGAAGGCUGGCGUGUUCAGAGGGCUGUGGCCCCACCUUAUGGUGGAGGUGGGCUCAGAGGAGCCUGCAGGCCAAGCCAGGGUGUUCUUCCAGAAGCAGGUCUGAAUCUCUCCAACCUCCUUUCCUCCUGGGGAGAGAAGACUUUAUCCUUGAUGUACCCUACAAACCAAAAAAAAAAAAAAAAUGUUAAGGAAGAUGCUGGGCAAGCUUAUACCCUUUGGCUGGUCUCCAAAGGAAGAGAUUUAAAAAUCAAGUCCAAAGAAGAAAAAUGCCAGUGACACCUGGAAGUUAACACAGGAUGACCAAGGCGUUCCCUGGAUUAGUGACCUAAGGUCCAUAUUGAACUUUCCUUAUGCUCCUCUUCCAGAGUAAUCUCUCCAUUUUCCAUGCUCUUGGUGAAUUUGAAAACUUGAACUUGACAGACAUGUCCCUCUGGCCUCACUGUAGCCCCAGGCACUCCAUCCCUUUGCCUGGAAGGAAAGAGCUGCUUGUUAGUGACUGAAGACGACAGACUAAGGAGACAUUUGGGUUCCCCACCUUUGGACCAAGGAAGUGUUGUUCAGGUUUGUAAUGGCCUGGAACUCUUCCAGCUGGCCGCAGUCAGAUUGGGCCUAUGCUGAGUCUGUGGUUCAGCUCUUGGCGAUUCUUGGGCUGUGGAGUUUAAAUACAGUCCCAGGUAUGAGCUGUGGCAGAUACAGGGCUGAAACCUUCCCGGCUUCCUGUCCUCUGCUCACAGCGCCGCCAUCCCAACUAGCAUUUCUGCAGUUCCUGUUUUGCCAUGACUGUCCAAAACCAACACCUGCCCAGUGCCUGCCCAGUGCCUGCCCAGUGCUGUGAUGCUGAGGACGGAUGGUGGGUUGGGGCCAGAGCUGCCAUUUCUGCUGUAGAGAUUUCGGAGUCCGUCAUUCUGUUUCGGAUGAGAGGUCCUGGGAGAUGAUUUAGACAGCUGGAAACAUUGACCCGACUAUUAUUGUGUAAAAACUGUGCAUAAUUCUCAAUGUGUAUUUAUAAAUUUCUAUUUUUUUAUAACUUUGGGAGACUUCUUGGAGGGAAAAAGUAGUAAGCAGAGCCAGAUUAAGAAUGUGAUUUAUGAGCUCUAAAGGUCAUAAAUAAAAGGUCCUAAUAAAAACUUUGCAAAUGAAACAGAA